AUGAAAUCGAAACAAAUAUCAAAGUGGGUAUCUGAAAAAUGUCCAGAAGCUAUUUUAUUAACCAAUAAAAGUGUGACAAUUAAAAAAUUUGUAAUUUAUGGAGCAAAAUGGAACUUUGCUGGCGACGAUUCUUUUCAACUCGAUUCAACAAAAACGUUUGUAUUUUUAUCACAUCAACCACCUUAUAAUAUAAUGGAUAUGAUGUCAGUUGCGCCAUUCUCACCACCAACAUAUCAUGGUGGAUCACACCAAAUAUUGUUAUUUAUCACUAAAUAUAAACCAAAGUUGGUCUGUUUCGGACAUACACAUAACUGUUUUGGUGUUGUUAAGGACGAAACCACCACUUACGUAAAUGCAACAUUCGUAAACGAAUUAAGUAUUCCAAUUAAAGGUCCUGUGUUACUUCAAUACAUAAAUGGCGAAUUUACAAAAAAAGAGUACAAUCCAAACAUACAAUAUUUUAUUUAUUUUAACUUUAUUGUAAAUAAAACCAACUUUUGGUUACUUUGCAUUUUCCAAAAAAAACUUCUAACAACCAAACAGAUCUUUGAAACUGUUGAAGUUUGCAAAAUGUCAAGGUUGGACAGUAGAGUCAGUCUGUUAACGUUGUUCACUCCCCAAACGUUGUUUUUUCUUUGUACUAUUUUUAGAAAUAACUAG